AAGAAGGUGGACUGCAGGCGUGUGCUCUUGUGUUUGUACGAGUCCCGUGUACGUGUGUGUGUGGCGAGUUCUGGAUGUUAGUGUUGCAACCAUCUUUAAAAAUCCCUGCUUUCGGUUGAAUAGGAGGAAGUAGCUCUGACUUCCCCAGGAAAUGGGAAGAGGAAAUCUGGGGACUUCGACCUCCCUCGCUGCGCCAGAGCUGCAAGACGACUCGCAGGGCGCAAAAAGAGAGCGGGGAGGAAGAGAAGGGUGGAUCCUGCAGCCUCUGACUGGUAGCAGAAGUUGAGGGAGUGAGUGAGACAGAAAGACGCUUGUCCAGGAGUCGUAGUGUUGUCCUGGCGUGGAGAUGAAGCUUCUGCUCGGGGCUCUGGGCGCUCUGCUGUGCUGCUCCUUGUCCUCCUCACAAACACUGGACCCUGCUGGGAAAAACGUCUGCCUCAAUGCCAGGGACCCCUCCACCCCAGCGUGUUGCACUGGUUGGCGCCAGGAGGGCAACGCGUGCACUAUACCUGUGUGUGAGGGAGACCAGGCCUGCCACAAGAACGAGAUCUGCGUGUACCCAGGAGUGUGUCACUGUCCGCCCGGCUACUUCGGCGCUCGCUGCAGAACACCCUGUCCUCUGCAGCUCUGGGGCUCCAACUGCCGCCAGGAGUGCCGGUGCUUCCCGCACGGCCGCUGUCACCCCGUCACCGGCGAGUGCUCCUGCAGGCCCAACCGCUGGGGCCCGCUGUGCCAGCACGCCUGCACGUGCGCCCGCUACGGCCAGUGCCACCCGGUCCACGGGAACUGCACCUGCGACGAGGGCUGGUGGACGGCCGCCUGCUCCAAGCCCUGCCUCUGCGUCGCUGGCGGCUCCUCGGGCCCCGGCUGCGACCAGGCCACGGGCCAGUGUCGGUGCCACCGCGGCCACUGGGGGCAGCGGUGCCUCUUCAACUGCAGCUGCCACCUGUCGCCGUGCGAUCAGCGCGACGGCGCGUGCGAGUGUGAGGCGGGUUGGUGGGGACUGGGCUGUGGCAGGAAGUGUAACUGUGACCUCAGACACAGCCACUGCGACCCGGGCAGUGGGCGGUGCCUGUGCCACCCGGGGUACCAGGGCAGCUUCUGCAACCGGCUGUGUGAGAACGGCACGUACGGCAGUGGGUGCGAUAGGAGAUGUGGUCACUGUACAGGCGGCCGGCCCUGUUCUCUCACCGAUGGCUCCUGCGCCGCCUGCGAGCCUGGCUGGAACGGCACGCGAUGCGACCGCCCCUGUCCGCCCGGUUACUACGGCGACGGCUGCCGGGAGACGUGUCCGCGCUGCAGGAGCAGCGAGCCCUGCGACCCAGUGACUGGGACUUGCCCGAGGUGUGACGCUGGUUGGACUGGAGCCAGGUGCGAUGAAGCCUGCUCCAACAGGACGUUCGGACUUGCUUGCUCUUUCCUGUGUGGCCCUUGUUUCCACGGCAACUGCCAUCACGUGACAGGAAGAUGCAUCUGUCAGCCGGGGUUUCAUGGAGAAAGCUGUAACAGCAGCUGCCCCCACAUGCACUUUGGCCCCAACUGCUCCUCCGUCUGUGCCUGCGGCGGUGGAGCCAGCUGCCACCCGCUCACCGGCGUCUGCCCCCACAGUGGCAGAACCGCGGUCCUGGUCGGCGUGCUGCUCCCGCUGCUGCUGCUGCUGCUCGCUGUGCUUUGCUGUUGUUUGUGCUGUGGAGGAAGCCCCGUGGACAGCAAGGACAGGGCGACGUUGGCUGAGGGAGGCUGGUCAGCCCGUAUGAAAUACCACGUGUACAGUGUGGUGGCUAACAUCAGUGCUGCCCUCCCCUGUGUAUCCAACUGGUCGUCUGGUCUGCCUCGCGUCACCGUAUCUCACCACGACCCAGAGUUGACCUUCAACCACAGCUUUAUUGAACCUCCCUCCUCUGGCUGGGUGACUGAAGGGUCGUCGUUUGACAGCGAUGAAGAGGAGGGAGAAGCUCUUUACUGUGUCCCCCCAAGAGAAGACAUCCCAGCAGUGGCAGGCGGCGAGUUCCAGGAGAUGAGUUCAAAGUGUAACAUGUUCCUGGACCCAUCGGGCUUCAGCAGCGAGGACAUCAGCUCACCCUUCAACAUCCCACGCACCUCGAGCAUCGCUAAAUCCAAGCGCCCCUCCGUCUCCUUUGCCGAGGGAACCCGCUUUGGACCCAAGGAGAGACGUGGCUCAGCCCAGGACCCCUGCGUCGGUGUCUCUCGCAGCAAAUCUAAAACCAACUGGGGGGUUUUGAUGCUGUCCGCCCUCCAGAGUCAGGGGAGUGCCGCGAGAACAGAAGAGGAAGGCGCAGCUGAAGGCAGGGAGACGGUGAACGAAGGGGACGUGCAGGUGGCAAACAACCAGGAGGCAAACUGUGAUGCAGUGGAACAGGAAGACAGAACUUCAUCCAGGGCCAGCAUGCAGGUCCACGGGGGGUCGGGAAGAAGACGGACUAUGUCCAACACAGCCGCCCAUAAGGGGACCCAGCUGCUAACGCCUGCCUCAGACACUCAGGUGGGAGGGCCCAAUAAGGUCACCACAGUGUAUGUGACAGUGGGUAGGGCUGGCCGACCCGUGUCAAAGACCGAGCCGAGCUCCGAAGGGCCCGUUCAGGCCAUGCUGCGGCGACUGGGCAGCCUGCAGAGGCAAAGAGAGCAGGAGAGCGGAAAGGCCAAGUCCCGGCGAGGGGACGAGAUCACCAAACCACCCCGGAGGAAGCUUGGAGCACGGGCCACCGUGUGGGAGCAGGGGGGGCCGCACGGAGCCGAGGGCGGGCCGCGUAAGCCCGUCAGAAGGAAGCAAGGUUCCGUCAAGUCCCCCGACGCAGCCAGCGCUAAUGACGCUCCAUUGCCGGACAGCGACACGCCAAGGAGGCCGCUGUCGUCCAUUCUGAAAUACGCACCCGAGCCGGCUCCGGCCGAGCCAGGGGCCGCGCUCGGGGCCGAGGGAAACAGUACCGGGCAAACGGAGAGCAACUAUCUGACCGUGGGACCGGCAGGAGACGCUGUGAGCCUCACCGAGAUCAUCGCCAAUGAAGGAGCCAAUGACGAGCCCUGCUAUGAAAAUGUCCUGGUUAAAGGCUCAUAACCUACGUGCUGCUAUCUUAUCAGCAGGUCUGAUACAAACAACAUAAAGUAUUUAUUACUGUGUAGUUACAGACCACAGACGUCUAAGGAAUGCAGUGUUAUGAUUCUGACCUAUAAAAUGUACUUACAUUUAAAGCCCCCAAAUUCUUGAAAAAUAAAGACAAAACAUAUACA